AUGGAACAGCAGAAGCCUCGCCGUAGAGCCAAAUGGCUGUCGAAAGUGCUCGGUCGUGAAAGCUCAUCUCAGGUCGCUGAGACAAAUUUCCAAAAUGACCAGCAUAAAGCACAAGGCCAAAGCCAAGGCCGCGGAAUUGAGGACGGUUCGUCCCGCAAGACUAGCCCAAAAGCUACCCCUUUUCAAGCCGAUUCGGGCGACGGCAAAGGCCAUACCGAGCCAUCGUCCCAAGUGCCAGUUGCCGAAAAUGAUUCAAAGCUUCAAGGUGAUCAAGAUAAAGCAGGGGUUGAUCCUAAGGAGCGGCCAGGAGAUGUUCCUAACAGUAUACCAAUGCCAGCAGUUGAGACUAUGAAAGUCCCAAAACCUCUCGCAUCUCAAGUUUUAGCUGCACCUGUUGAUACGUCCCGCAGUGCUGCAAAUAGUAACUCGCCUUAUCGCAAGGAGGACGAGAAUAAUACAUCACCUGUACCCCGUUUGCUUGAUCCCAAAGCCUGCAUGCAGAGCGCCGACCUCUGGGAGAAAGCCUACACACAGCUCUCCCAGGACACAAAGCACAAGGACCUUCUAACAAAAUACGAAGCGAUCCUAGAGGAGAGUUCCCCAGCUCCGAAUCCAGAGACCCGAGAUAGUUUCCCCAAGAAAAUGCAAGCGUCAGUACAGCGGCAAGUCAAUGUCAUGAAACGCAGACAAUGGACGAUUCAGUGGGAUCAGAAGUCUAUUGUUGUUCGAGAGCAGACGGAACGCAUUGUCAAGUUUAUUCAGACGUUUUCGAAGCUGGGCACGGCUAUUGCACAGAUUGAUCCGGUUCAUGCUGGUAUUCCUUGGGCAGGCGUCUGUGCUAUUCUCACACUCAUUCUCAACGAUUCUACUCAACACAAGGCGGCUUUAGAUGGGCUCGAGGAUAUCUCAUCUUUGGUGGCAAAAUAUAUUGCGAUUGAAGAUGUCUAUGUCCAAAGUCAUCAGGUGGAUCCCAAAGCCGAGAGCAACGACGCAUUUGAGGCUUCUAUCAUCAAAGUCUAUUCUAGCAUUCUACGUUUUCAAGUUGAAGCCGCUUUGCAUUUUCACAGGCCUACCAUGGCAAGGACAGUGUCAAAUAUAGUCCAAUCAGUUGACUGGACAGGGCUACUAUCAAAGGUCAAAGAAAGCGACGCUGAAUGCGUGGCUUUUACCUCGAUGGCCGGACUGGCUACGUUAGGUUCCAAUCUUAAUGGAAUUGGCAAUAGUCUUGUUGAGCUCCGGCAGAGAUGUAAGGAAAUACAUGAUAUCGGUAAAGCACUUGCUACGCUUCAAGAGGCAUGGGAUUCGAAUCGAAAAGGAAUUUCCCAGAUUGUAUCUUGGAUCUCGGACGCCCAAGUCGGGGAGGAUCAUGAGCGCGUGAGAACAAAACUUGGCGCUCGUUACUGGGAUGCCGGCCAGUGGUUCUUGGAGAACCCCGGGUUCAAAGUCUGGAAGGAAUCAAACCGUGGCCAAUUUUGGCUCCAAGGUUCAGUUGGAACGGGCAAGACGAGUCUGGCGUCUAUUGUGAUCAAUGAUCUGAUUAAAGCUGGUGAUAAUAGAUGCAUAGCCUUCUAUUACUGUUCACGGAGCUCAACUGGAUCAUCAAACGAUACGACCGCAAUCUUCCGAAGUCUUGUUGCGCAGCUGGCUUGCAAAGUUGAUGGCGAAGACGUAGACGUAUAUCCGGUUAUUCGCCAAUGGUAUCAGAGGGAUGCGAAGCGAUAUGUCAUGGGUAGUCGAUUGUCGUUAACAGAGUGUGAGGAUCUUCUUGUAACUUUGAUGGCUGAGCAUGUAAGGACAGCCAUUGUUAUCGACGGUCUUGAUGAGUGUGAGGAAGAGAUGCAGUUGCUAAGAUCACUCUAUGGGAUCUGGAGGAGGUAUCCCAACCUGCAGGUCUUCCUGACGAGUCGUCUCCACGUGGAUGUCCUCGAAGUUUUCCCAAAAAUCACCACGGUGCAGAGUGAUUUUGGCAAGACUUCCAAAGACAUCAAAGAAUACAUAAGAAAAGAGCUGCAGCGCAAGGAUCGACGAAACGCGAAAGUCAUUACAGAUGAGCUCGCGGAACGUAUGGUGGAAAUCCUGACCCAGCGAGCGCAGGGAAUGUUCCGAUGGGUCGAGCUACAGCUCGAUCUCCUAAUCAGCUCCGAGCGACGCAUCAGGUACCGGCGAGAUUUCGAGGAGCGUUUACUUCAACUCGAACUUGGUUCGGGAAAAGAAGUCAUUGACGCGCUCCGAGAUACUUAUGACGAAAUAUACGAAAGAAACACAUCCCAAGGCCGUCAUAGCAGAAGAUUGGCCGAGAAGUCCCUCAAAUGGGUUUUGUGUGCAGCGAGACCACUGAAAAUAUGGGAAUUGGGUGCUGCUGUGGCUGUUGAUGGCGAGGACAAAGUUACCACAAGCUUGAUCGUUGACACUUGCAGUAAUUUCUUCAAUGUGGAUUCUAAAGGCUUUGUUCAACUUGCCCACCUAUCUGUAAGGGAGUAUUUGGAGGUCAAGAAUGUGGCAGGGUGUCUGAUAUUCUCCCCUGAAGAGGCUCACGCGGAGGUCGCUUUGACUUGUAUCCUGUACUGGAAGAACCUGUCCCAGAUAUCCUCUAAUGACGAGCAUGAGGAUGAAUCGGAGUUCAAUUAUGACAGCCAAGAUGAGCAGAACGUGGAAGAAGUAGAUGCGAUGUCAAUUUCGGAUCCAAGGAACAACUUAAUUGUCACCAUAACGAAACCUAAGGAAGAUAAUCAAGAAUAUGACCCUGUUCAAGGUGGAGCAGACAGAGAGAAUAGGGAGAUUGUUGAGCAAAUGAAAGCCGCUAAGACUGCACAUCAAAAAACCCAACGUCUUCACGGAUGGGUAGAUGGGAGCCAGAAUCCAGAGCCGGAGCAGGAUAAUGUCGGCGAAAAAGAGGGUACAGAGGGAUUCGAACAAAUGGAAGACAAUCCUACCGAAACACUGAUUUUGAAGCAAGUAAUAUCGACCAACACCGAUUAUUUCAGUCUAGCCGAUAAGUAUAUUCGAAUGGACUCUGCGCCAGCCCUGAAGCCCCAGCAAGCGUUCAAACGCUUCCAACGAUAUGCAUCGAUAUACUGGGCAACACACUGCCAGGCCGCCAAAGGUCCAAGGAUGGAUGAAUCAAGACAACUAAACGAGCUGUUCUGGGAUUUCAUGGACGACAACGGCUCAAGCCCAGAGUACAAACUCUGGGAAAUAGCUUUGCUGAAUGAAGCAAAACUCACAAGUGUCCCGAUGAUCGACCCAGCUCCGAUGAUCUUCGUGCCAGCCACAGCACACGACCAAGCCAUCUUGGAUGCGGAGCCUAUAUAUGAACGCUGGCAAGAGACGAUCGCUCGUUCCGAGGGCCCGCAGCCUUUACGGCCCAAUGUUUCGUUGAUUGCCUGUUUCUAUGGGUUUACGGAUAUCCUGCAAGAGAUAUCUGAGGAUGGGUCCGCGCAGACGACUCGUAACCACGAGGGGAUUAUGGGUCUCGUGCUCGCUGCUCGUAACGGGUAUAACGAAGUCCUGGAUCUUCCGAUAUCGAAUGAACGUAAUCUCGACGUUCCAGAUCGAGGAGGCAGGACCGCGCUUCACCAUGCAGCUCUCGGUGGGUAUCUGGAGCUGGUGCGGUUUCUACUCGGAUACCCGAGGAAGUCUGGCAGGCGGGCCGGCAAGAAAGAUCGUAAGUCGAGAGUCGAUGUUAAUGCGAGAGAUCUGGGAGAGAAAACCCCUUUGCAUUAUGCGGCGGAGUCUGAUCAGGUCGAAGUUGUCAAGUUGUUGCUCGGCGAGGAGAAUGUGGAUGUCCAUGCUAGGAAUCAAUACGGAUAUACGGCACUCGGACUCUGUUCUCAAAACACGUCGGAUGUUAUGGCGAAGCUAUUGAGGGAUGAUAAGAGGUAUAGGAAAGAAGAUGAGUUUUGA